CAAUACCGCCGAGCGGAUCACCUCCUAAUGAAGCGACACUAUCAAAUUGCUGGAAGUCCCUAAAGCCUUUGGUACCGCGGAAGCCAAACAAUUUAAAUGGAUCGCCUUCUAAUAGGUGUUAUGUACGCCCUUUGGGAUGCUCUUUAGUUAAUGACUGUUCGGAGCAUUUAAAUGGCCUCUCAAAAGGAGGACUUGCGUCCAAAGGGAUUGUUGCUAUAUUUGAUAUCAUUUUAUGGCAGAGUGACCCUCAG